AUGGAGCUUCAAGUAAAGCCCACCCUCAUUAUCACUUUCUUCCUCACCAUCCUCAUUCAUUCACGCCUGGUCCACCCCCGCAACCUAGCAGGCUCCCCAUCACCUGCAGUACCGGUCAAUGGCGAGCCAAUCGGCAUGGAGAAAAACCUGUUUGAACGAGGAAGUGAAAAGGCAAGGCGGGGAUCGUUUCCGGCUCGUUGCCACUCAAAGUGCAACCAAUGCAUGCCCUGCAUGCCAGUUGAAGUGACAGUCCGGGUAGAAGAGCAGGAAGAGAAUGAGUACUAUCCCCAAGUGUGGAGAUGUAUGUGCCAUGACACAAUGUUCUCACCCUAG